CUGGCAGUUUAUAUGGCUAGACAGUUCCUUGAAAAAUAUAUUGCUGCCGUAAAAUAAAUACAAAAAUGAAUUAAUUUUUGUAUCUCAAAAUCAUAAGUUUGGUUUAUCCAAUUCAUGGGGACUUCGGCAAGCAAAAGACUUUCACAAACUGGCUUAAAGCAUUGCACAUUAUGGAAAGCAGACAGAAGUCCGGCCUGCCGAGCCGUAAUGAUGGCGUUGGACUCUAUGAACCUGAGCAUCACGGAGGUGGACAUCAACAUUGACAAAGGAGAACAUAGGACACCUGAGAUGCUCGUUCUUAACCCAUUACAAACAUUGCCAGUUUUCAAGGAUCGAGAGCUCGUUCUAAGUGAUAGUCAUGCAAUUUGUACAUACUUGGCUGGGCGGUAUUGUGACUCCGGCCGUCUGUUGCCCAAAGACCCUGGAGGCCGUUCAUUAGUGGACCAACAUAUGCAUUAUAACAGUGGGACACUUUAUCCGCGGUUCCGCGCAGCUGCUUACCCAAUCCUUUACGAGAACUGUAAUUUUGUAAUGCCGCAACAAAUAGCAGAUAUCGAAUGCGCUUACUCGGAUUUAGAGAGCAUGUUAUUAGGAAGGACCUGGUUCGGCGGCAGUUGGCCAACUCUCAGCGACAUAGUCUUUGCUUCUACUAUCAGCACUCUGAACAUUCUUGUGCCUAUUGACAAAAACAGGUAUCCACGACUAUCGAGCUGGCUUUUUCGUGUUUCAGAAGAGCUAUUUUUCGUAACAGCUAAUAGAAAAGGACUAAGCGAGUUCUCGAGAAGGAUAGAUUGCGGCAGUAUUUGUGAUGAGAAAGAGUUCAAGUGUCCCAGGAGUUCAAUGAGACGUCGGAAGCUAGCGGGAAACAUUCCCGAUAAAAAAUAGCAUUGGCGUAGCCAGGAGUGGGAGGGUGGAGACUGCUGAAAGCAGACUAUAAUGGGGCCUGUGUCAUCGCUUGCUGCACAAAUACAGGUAAAAUAUCUACCGGUAAAGUAGAUGAUAUAUUUACUGUAUUGUUUUGAGUUAUUAUGGAGUGAUUAUAUUUAAUUUUUCUAAAAAUUGUUUGUGAAAUACUUGCAGGGACAAUAAAAUUAUAAAUUGUCAAAAAUAUGCAGAAGCAUGUGCCCCAUUUGCCCCUCCUUGGCUACGUUCAAAGCAAGCAGAUAAAUAUUUUGUUUUUUUUUUAUGCUUAUUCUAAAUAAAUAAGUGAUAAGC